CGGUAGAGGACUGUGAAAGAAAAGUUAUCCCCCAGGAUGGACUUCUCGCAGCCGAAGCCUGCCGCUGCCCUCUGUGGCGUCGUGAGUGCGGACGGAAAGAUCGCUUAUCCCCCGGGAGUAAAGGAAAUCACCGACAAGAUCACCACCGACGAAAUGAUCAAACGGCUGAAGAUGGUAGUGAAAACUUUUAUGGAUAUGGAUCAGGAUUCGGAAGAUGAAAAGCAACAGUAUCUCCCACUAGCCUUGCAUCUCGCAUCUGAAUUCUUUCUCAGGAACCCUAAUAAAGAUGUGCGCCUUCUUGUAGCAUGUUGUCUGGCUGAUAUAUUUCGAAUUUAUGCCCCAGAAGCUCCAUAUACUUCCCACGAUAAACUCAAGGACAUAUUUCUCUUUAUUACCAGACAGUUAAAAGGUUUGGAGGAUACAAAGAGUCCACAGUUUAAUAGAUACUUUUAUUUAUUAGAGAAUUUAGCUUGGGUUAAAUCAUAUAACAUCUGCUUUGAGUUGGAAGAUUGCAAUGAAAUUUUUAUUCAGCUUUUUAGGACUCUCUUCUCAGUAAUCAACAAUAGCCACAAUAAGAAGGUACAAAUGCACAUGUUAGACUUGAUGAGUUCUAUCAUCAUGGAAGGUGAUGGAGUUACUCAAGAGUUACUGGAUUCUAUUCUUAUCAACCUCAUCCCUGCACACAAGAACUUAAAUAAACAGUCUUUCGACCUUGCAAAAGUCCUGUUGAAAAGGACAGUCCAGACUAUUGAAGCAUGCAUUGCCAAUUUUUUCAAUCAAGUCCUGGUGCUGGGAAGAUCGUCAGUCAGUGAUCUGUCAGAACAUGUAUUUGAUCUGAUUCAGGAACUUUUCGCUAUAGAUCCUCAUUUAUUGUUAUCUGUCAUGCCACAGCUUGAAUUCAAACUGAAGAGCAACGAUGGUGAAGAACGAUUAGCUGUGGUUCGACUUCUGGCUAAAUUGUUUGGCUCUAAAGAUUCAGAUUUGGCAACGCAGAAUCGGCCUCUUUGGCAGUGUUUUCUUGGGCGCUUUAAUGACAUUCAUGUUCCUGUGAGAUUAGAAAGUGUGAAAUUUGCCAGUCACUGUUUGAUGAACCAUCCAGAUUUAGCAAAGGACCUUACGGAAUAUUUGAAAGUUAGGUCACAUGAUCCAGAAGAAGCCAUUCGUCAUGAUGUCAUUGUUACUAUAAUAACAGCUGCCAAAAGAGACCUUACCUUAGUAAAUGAUCAGUUACUUGGCUUUGUCAGGGAAAGGACACUGGAUAAGCGGUGGCGAGUAAGAAAAGAAGCCAUGAUGGGUCUUGCUCAGCUUUAUAAGAAAUACUGUCUUCAUGGUGAGGCAGGAAAGGAAGCUGCGGAGAAAGUAAGCUGGAUAAAGGACAAACUUCUGCACAUCUACUAUCAGAACAGCAUUGACGACAAACUCCUGGUAGAAAAAAUCUUUGCCCAAUAUCUUGUUCCCCAUAACUUGGAAACCGAAGAGAGAAUGAAAUGCUUAUAUUAUUUAUAUGCCAGCUUGGAUCCAAAUGCUGUGAAAGCUCUCAAUGAAAUGUGGAAGUGUCAGAACAUGCUUCGGAGUCAUGUACGUGAACUGUUGGAUUUACACAAGCAGCCUACAUCAGAGGCUAACUGUUCUGCCAUGUUUGGAAAACUGAUGACCAUAGCAAAGAAUUUGCCUGACCCUGGGAAAGCACAAGAUUUUGUAAAGAAAUUUAACCAGGUUCUUGGUGAUGAUGAGAAGCUGCGGUCUCAGUUAGAAUUGUUAAUCAGCCCAACCUGUUCAUGCAAACAAGCUGACAUUUGUGUGGUUAGUGAAUUAUGCUUUUAUAAUUUUUUUCUAAUAACUUGGAGAAAUCUUGCACUAGUAAAAUUGAUGAAUAAAUCAAUAGAAGGGACAGCAGAUGAUGAAGAGGAGGGUGUAAGUCCAGAUUCAGCCAUUCGCUCAGGACUUGAACUUCUUAAGGUUCUGUCUUUCACACAUCCUACCUCGUUCCACUCUGCAGAAACAUAUGAGUCCUUGUUACAGUGCCUAAGAAUGGAAGAUGACAAGGUAGCAGAAGCUGCAAUACAAAUAUUUAGGAACACAGGCCACAAAAUAGAAACAGACCUUCCCCAGAUACGAUCAACAUUAAUUCCCAUUUUACAUCAGAAGGCAAAGAGGGGCACUCCACACCAAGCUAAACAGGCUGUGCAUUGCAUCCAUGCCAUCUUCUCAAAUAAGGAAGUCCAGCUUGCACAGAUAUUUGAGCCACUCAGCAGGAGUCUGAAUGCUGAUGUACCAGAACAACUUAUCACUCCAUUGGUUUCACUUGGCCACAUUUCCAUGUUAGCACCAGAUCAGUUUGCUUCCCCAAUGAAAUCUGUUGUGGCAAACUUCAUUGUUAAAGAUCUUCUGAUGAAUGACAGGUCAACAGGUGAGAAGAAUGGAAAAUUGUGGUCUCCAGAUGAGGAAGUUUCUCCUGAAGUACUAGCAAAGGUACAGGCAAUUAAACUUCUGGUAAGGUGGCUGUUGGGUAUGAAAAACAACCAGUCUAAAUCUGCCAAUUCAACUCUUCGGUUAUUAUCAGCGAUGUUGGUUAGUGAGGGUGACCUGACAGAACAGAAGAGGAUCAGUAAAUCAGAUAUGUCUCGCUUGCGGUUAGCUGCUGGUAGCGCCAUAAUGAAGCUUGCUCAGGAACCUUGUUACCAUGAAAUUAUUACACCAGAACAGUUCCAGCUUUGUGCACUUGUUAUUAAUGAUGAGUGCUACCAAGUAAGGCAAAUAUUUGCCCAGAAGCUUCAUAAAGCACUUGUGAAGUUACUGCUCCCUUUGGAGUAUAUGGCGAUCUUUGCUUUGUGUGCCAAAGAUCCUGUGAAGGAAAGAAGAGCACACGCACGCCAGUGUUUACUAAAGAACAUCAGCAUACGCAGGGAGUACAUUAAACAGAACCCUAUUGCUACCGAGAAAUUAUUAUCACUACUGCCUGAGUAUGUGGUUCCAUACAUGAUUCACCUGCUAGCCCAUGAUCCUGAUUUUACAAGAUCACAAGAUGUUGAUCAACUUCGUGAUAUAAAAGAGUGCCUGUGGUUUAUGCUUGAAGUCUUGAUGACAAAGAAUGAGAACAAUAGUCAUGCCUUCAUGAAGAAGAUGGCAGAGAACAUUAAGCUGACCAGAGAUGCCCAGUCUCCAGAUGAGUCCAAGACGAACGAGAAACUUUAUACAGUUUGUGAUGUGGCUCUGUGUGUUAUAAAUAGUAAAAGUGCUUUGUGCAAUGCAGACUCGCCAAAGGAUCCAGUCCUCCCAUUGAAGUUCUUUACACAACCUGAAAAGGACUUCUGCAAUGACAAAAGUUAUAUUUCAGAAGAGACAAGAGUGCUUCUGUUAACAGGAAAGCCAAAGCCUACUGGAGUGCUAGGUACAGUAAACAAGCCUUUGUCAGCAACAGGAAGAAAGCCUUAUGUUAGGAGCGCCGGCACAGAGACUGGAAGCAAUAUCAAUGCCAAUUCAGAGCUGAGUCCUUCAGCCGGAAGUCGUUCAAGGGAACAGAGUUCAGAGGCAUCAGAAACUGGAGUUAGUGAAAAUGAAGAGAACCCUGUGAGAAUCAUUUCUGUCACGCCUGUGAAGAAUAUUGAUACUGUAAAGAAUAAGGAAAUUAAUUCUGAUCAGCCUACCCAAGGCAACAUCAGCAGUGACCGAGGAAAGAAGAGAAUUGUAGCAGCAGCUGGUGCUGAGAAUAUCCAACAAAAACCAGAUGAGAUAGUAGAUGAGUCAGGACCUCCUGCGCCUUCCAAACCCAGAAGAGGACGUCGCCCCAAAUCGGAAUCUCAGGGCAAUGCAACCAAAAAUGAUGAUCUAAAUAAACCCACUAGCAAGGGAAGGAAGAGAGCUGCAGGCAGCCAGGAGAGCCCUGGGGGUCUGGAAGCAAGUAAUGCCAAAGCGCCCAAGCUACAAGAUGGAGCCAAAAAGGCAACACCAGCAGAGAGACAAAUUGAUUUACAAAGGUAAAAAGAGAACUUACUUAUACAGGGAGGAAAUGAAGGCCAAACAGAAGCAGAUUCCAGGUUCUGUAAAAACUUGGAUUCAAAUGUCCCCCAACAGAAAAUGAAGCUCACUUCAAAUACACUCUCUGCCUUGAGAACUGAAAGAAGCUAGCCUUCUUCAAAUACACUCUCUGCCUUGAGAACUGAAAGAAGCUAGCCUUCCUUUUCCACAGCCACAGUCCUCUGGUGGGCGUGUACAGCAGAGACUAGAGAGAGGCUGAAAGCGUCUCCGUUCUCCCCUCCCCAGACUUUUCCUGGGAAAAGUCAAUAAUUAAGCAAAUUGCUUAACUCUUGGUUCCAGUUCCUGUAUAUCUGGAGCUUAAAGGCAUAAUAACCAUUGUUUCCAUGCUGCAGUUUUCAUGAAAGAGUGGAGAUGUCCUUACACUGACACUGAGAGCGCGUCCAUCCUCACCACAGGAAAGCAGGUGUCUUCUGAACUGAGUUCUUACGGAGAUCAGAUGGCAUUUUCUUUGUGUUCCUUUUGGAAACUUAUGUAUUAUUCUUUCUGCCUGUCUACUUUUCUGCAAAAAUGAGAUGUACAGAUUUCUGUUCCCUGCUAUGAAAAGUAAUAUCGUGGCAAUUUUAUAAAUGUUGCUUUCUGAUUUUUAUCAGAAUGAGAAAAUAAUUAAAAUUAUUAUUGAUUUGCAAGUCGUAAACACUUCAUAUUAUGAUUUCUCCUGUUUUAGUUUAAUAUAAUUUGCAAUAAAUGUACAUAUUGUUUCAUAAGGAAUAUCACUUUUAAAUGGUUUUGCUCCUAUGAUUAUGUUGGAAUAUUGGGAUUUUUAAAGGAGUAAAGACUGUCCUGGAUUUGGUUUUAUAAUUUUUGUCACCAGAUUUUUAUUAUUAAUGUAAAAAAAGAGUUGUGGUCUUUUUCCUUUUGUUUUGUCUUUGUUUUUCCUUUGUGAUAGAAGUAGAUGGACACUGGCAGCUUUGUAAGAAAACAGAGCUGUAGGGUUGCUGUCAGCUUUCAGUUCCCUGCUGUUAGGAAAUAAGCCUUUUAUUUUUGUCUGAUAAUUGGGGCUCAAUUUUUAACUUUAAUUUACAGACAACUGUUACAUCAAUAUUCUGUUCCUUGGCAUUUAUUGUUCAGCAUAGAUAAUGUGUGCACCAUUUGUGUACACAUAAUCAUAUUUCAUUUUUGCAUAAAAUAAAUGCUUCUAGAUGUCCUAUGGAAGUCUUCAAUCUUUUUAUCAUGCUUUCAUCUCUUAGGAGUUUUUAUGUGAAAGGGCUAAAGUCAGAGAAGCAAAGGAAAUGAUUCCAGUCAACUCUCAGUUAUCUGUGUAAAACAGAGGUUAUUCUUCAAGUGAGCAAUUUUGUAGUCAUCAUAAACAUAAGAAUAACAAAGGCAUCUGCAAGAAUGGUUGAGGAGAAACUUGAAAUUAACUUUUUCUCAUCCUCAGAGUUUUUGCCUGUCUCUACUUUCCCCACUUGGAUUGUGCCCAAAGCCCUAGCAGAAUGUAGCAGAAUCAUAUUUGCAUUAUGACUUGGUCUCGAUGGGAUAUAUAAAAUCAUUGAAGUGUCAAAAUUUUCUCCAGAAUGAAAUUCAUAGAUGAUAUAUCACUUAGGUUCUCAUAGAUAAUUGAGAGUGGGCUAUAAAUUGACUGGGUGAAAGUUGGCUUUUUCUUUUAAGUAUUGUAGCUCUUUUACAUGUACAUGUUUGGUGUCAGAAGAUGCUAGAGAACAGUGGAUACCAAUGACAACAACAUUUCUUGAAAGGGCAUAAAAGCCCUACUCUUCCUGCUGCCUCUCCAUGACCUUUUAGAAAAAACAAAACAUUGCCUCCAAUAGCUGACAGAGUAUCUAUGCAUACGGAUCAGUAAGGUCCCUCAAUCAAUCAGUGCUAUAUUCUAUUUAGAAGAAAUCUGAAGUUCAGACAACUUGAUUCUUAGGGCCACCGAUUAGUCAAAAGGUGCAAGAAGGGAAGGUUCCUGGGUGUUUAGUAUUUUAACAGCACAGCACAACUGUCCACACUCAUUAUGGCUCUCUGGAGUUCUGCAGCAGGACAGUUAUUUCCAGGGUCUGCUCCUCAUGGGUGUGUAAGCAUGAGGACUAGAUCUCUGGCUUGAAGGGAGAGGAGAGAAAACUCUUGAAGGAUUAAUCCCGAGGGACUCAAUUACUGGAAAUGUGUCAGGUUUUCUUUGAAAAAGAAAAUGUAAAAUCUCUUAUUUGGUAUUUACAUCUCAGAGAAAUACAACACAAAAGUGCAGACUUAUAUUUGAGAAUUACUGUUAACCCUUUGUGUCUAGUUUGAAGCUUCUUGUAUUUGUCUAAAACUACAAGCCAGACUUUUGUAUCCUUUGAUAAAAGUGUGUAUAAUGUAAAGUAGUUUUGCAUAUCCCUGUGCUGCACAUGGGCUGGGUUUUUAGAAUUUUUUUAAAGACUUUAAGCAGAACCUUGUAAUUUGUGUAAAUGACAAGUGUAAAAUCCUUCCAUAAAAUGCUUACAAAUAUGCACUGUUUCAAAUAAAACCAAGAAAUGCAGCAUUA